CUUCACCGCACACAUAUAAAACCAAUAAAUAGAAUAAACCUUUUCGUCUCCUACCAACAAUGGACACCAAACCCCAUUGAAGACGAUUCAAGGAAAACAAUCAGAAAAUAAGAUACUCUAUAUAGAUCUCGUUUUUGUGUUUAUCAAAUCGCAAUUCAGUACAGUUCAAUUGAAUUAUCAGUGUUGCAGCAAUGUCAGGUGUAUCACUGCAGUGUGGUGAUUGUGGAACUCUUUUCAAAUCUGUAGAAGAAGCACAAGAACAUGCUGAAGUUACCUCCCAUGCUAACUUCUCUGAAUCUACUGAAGCUGUUCUAAAUCUCGUCUGUACUGCUUGCGGCAAGCCUUGCCGCUCCAAAACGGAGAGUGAUUUGCACACCAAGAGAACUGGGCACACAGAAUUUACGGACAAGACAGCAGAGGGAGUGAAGCCAAUCAGCUUGGAGGUGCCAAAAGCAAAGGCCGACGAUGAUGAAGACAUGGCAGGGGUUGGUGAUGACAGUGGUACUGGCCAGCAUGAAGAAAUGGUUGUUCCCGAAGUUGACCAAAACCUGCUAUCGGAACUUGAGACAAUGGGAUUUUCCAAAGCUAGGGCUAUCCGGGCACUCCACUUUUCCGGCAAUGCCAGCUUGGAGGCUGCUGUAAAUUGGGUUGUAGAGCAUGAAAGUGACCCAGACAUAGAUGAAACACCAAUGGUACCUGCCAGUGCCAAGAAAGGUGAGGCACCAAGGCCUUCUCUUACUCCAGAGGAAAUAAAGAUGAAACAACUAGAGUUGAGGGAGCGUGCUCGUAAAAAGAAAGAAGAGGAAGAGAGACAAAGGGAAAGAGAGAGAGAAAAGGAAAGAAUUAGAAUUGGUAAGGAACUCCUGGAAGCAAAACGGAUUGAGGAAGAUAACGAAAGAAAACGUAUAAUAGCAUUGCGUAAGGCUGAAAAAGCGGAAGAACAAAGAGCUAGGGAGAAAAUUCGUCAGAAGCUGGAAGAAGACAAGGCAGAAAGAAGAAGAAAGCUCGGUUUGCCAGCAGAAGAUCCUGCUUCCCCCAAACCUUCUGCACCUGUUGUGGAGGAAAAAAAGAGCUCGUUUUUGCCUGUCAGACCAGCUACAAAGGCAGAGCGGAUGAGAGAGUGCCUGCGAACUCUUAAACAGACACACAAGGACGAUGAGGCUAAAGUCAAGACCGCUUUCAACACACUUUUAACUUACGCAAAGAAUGUCGCUACAAAUCCCAAUGAGGAGAAAUUCCGCAAGAUUAGACUUAGUAAUGCUGCUUUUCAGGAUAGAAUUGGCAAGCUGCAAGGAGGCAUCGAGUUUCUUGAGCACUGUGGAUUUGAGAAAAUUGAAGGAGGUGAAUUCUUGUACCUGCCAAGAGAUAAGGUGGACAUUGCAGUGCUUAAUACUGCUGGAACUGAGUUGAACAAUGCUAUUAAAAAUCCCUUCUUUGGAGUCCUCUAAAUUCUAAUCUCAUACAUUAGUUAAGAUGAAUAGUGAAGGAUUCUUCUUUGUAUGUCCCAACCUUUUCCCCUUUGUUGAGUGAAGGUUAACUGAAUUUUAUAAACUGAAAUUGUAUAAGCUACUAAGAUUUGGUGGAAUCAUGUUCCUUUUUGAACCAUUUUUUAUCUACUAGUUUAAUGGAUCAAGUUGAUGUUUAAGCU